AUGCAUCUCCUCACACUGUCUCUACUCUUUGGAGCAGCCCAUGCUCUCCUGGUUCCCUCUCCACCAGGCUCUUACGAUGUCGCUGUCAAGCACAUUGAGCUCGUCGACCCGAGCCGUAUAGACCCCUUUGCGCCCGAGGCCAACUCCAAGCGCCGCCUCAUGGCGUCGGUAUAUCUCCCCAUCGAUGCUCAGCACAGAUGCAAGGCCCAAGUGAUGCCAUACAUGCCGCCUCUGACGGCGAGCGUCUUUGAAAACGUGGGCGAGUCCUUGGGCGUGCCGCAGGGCUUAUUUGGAGAUUUCGAAAUGGAGUUCUGCAAUAUUGAGGCGCUCAAUUUGGACGGAGACUAUAAGGAGAGGAAGAAGUUUCCUGUGGCGGUGUUCUCGCCGGGGUUCCAGGGCACGAGGUUUGUAUAUGGUGCGCUCGCGAGGUCAUUGGCCAGUCUGGGGCAUGUCAUUGUGACGCUCGACCAUACAUAUGAAACCUCUGUCGUUGAGUUUCUCGAUGGGAGUACUGCAUAUGCAGCCUUGGGUAAUGAGACGUUAACUCUCAAGCAGCUAGAAGUCCGUACGGCCGACGCAUCCUUCCUCAUAUCCCAGCUCUCCAAUACGACCGUCACAAACUCCAUUUUUGCCAACUUCCCAGGCACCUUUAAUCCCCACAAAGUCGUCGUCUACGGACACUCUUUUGGUGGAGCCACAGCCGCCGCAACCGCGCAGCAUGACCCAAAUGUCAUCGGAGGGCUUAACUUUGACGGCUCGAUCUACGGACCCGUGAGCCAGGAGGGUUUUAAAGAUAAACCGUUCAUUCUGGUUGGGAGGAACUAUUCAGCACCGGUGCCUGAGUGGGAUAAGUUCUAUAACAAGGUGGACGCUGCCAAGAUGGAACUGGCGGUGAGGGACACGCAGCACUAUGCCUUUAUGGACCUGCCGUUGCUGCUGACGGUGUACCAGGUUCCGCCUGAGUUGCAGCCCACAGUGGACGAGGUAUUUGGAAAGUUGGAUGGAAGGAAGGUCGAAAAGGUGGUAAAUGAGGUCAUGGUUGGAUUGUUGAAGCUGCUGUUUGAGAACAAAACAAAGCCGCUUAAGAAUGUGGACAGGAACCCUGAUAUUGAGAUUUUGCGAAGCGACCUGCAUCUGGGGAUAUGA